GGCGGUUGCUGUGGAAACCGCGGCCAUGGCGGCACCGGGUCCGGCAAGUAGUCGCACCGCCCAGCGCGAGGAGGCGGCCCGCUCCGCAGAGUCGUCGGACACUGUCCGGACUCCAGUGCCCAUCGUGUCCACCGUGUCCCCCGAGCUACCCGUCUCGCCAGGACAGGGCGUGGAGCCUCCGGGCAAGAACCUGUGGGAGCAGAUCUGCCAGGAGUAUGAAGCUGAGCUGCCUCCCUUUCCAGAGGGAUAUAAAGUCAAACAAGAAGCUAUGAUUACUGUUUCACCAUUAGAGGAAACGGUUCUCCAUGGCUUCAAUACAGAGCACCUUUAUUCAGUUCCUCAUUUGACCAUGGACUCGCAUGUACCCUGUCCUCAAGUUAAGUUGGGAACAGUCGAUCCAAAAACAUGUUCCCCCAAGGAAUAUUUGGAAACAUACAUCUUUCCAGUUCUGCUUCCUGGAAUGGCUAGCCUGCUUCACCAAGCAAAGAAAGAAAAAUGUUUUGAGAGAAAAAGAACCAAAUUCAUUGCCUGUGAUUUUCUGACCGAGUGGUUAUACAAUCAAAAUCCAAAGAGGAUAGGGGAGGCUUUCACAGAAUUCUUCUCCAUUCCGUUUGUGGACCAGUGGCUGAAGCAUCAUCCCCGGCCGCCGAUCCCACUCUCCCUCCUGCUGACAGAAGAAGAGGCAGCUCUGUGCAUUCAAUCCUUCUGGAGAGCCUAUCUGGUUCGGUGUGAUCCUGAGAUUCAAGAGUUGCGUCAGUGGCAGAAGAAACUGCGUGAAGACAAGCACAUUCGCGAGCGAGUCAAGAUUUUUUGGGCCAAACAAGAACAGAAAGUGAAAUGCAAAAUGGAGGAUGAUGAGGAGGUUGCACCUACGACCACCACCUUAACCACUGGUGGGAUCUUUUCCCUUCGGAGCUUCGAUAACCCUACGUGAGGAAAAUGUACAAAUUAUGCUUCCUCUUUGUUGAUUUUUUAACGACUAGAUUUGGUACAUGUGAAUACAGAAUCUUUUCUGCACAAGAUAGGAUUUGUUGCAAACCUGCUUUAGUGCAUAUAGUUUAUCCUACGAGAGUACGAAUCUAAACUUUCUGCAUUAUCUCCAAAUUUUAUUUUUUAUCCAUUAUUAUUUCUUCAGUGCUUCAGGUAUAUUCUUCUACACCAACCGCCGUUAAAAUGUACAAGCUCUAGUUCCAAAAGACGUUGAAGUGCUUUAGUUACCAGUUUCCCACUUUGGCUGCUUAAAUUUAAGUCCCAAACCUCUGCCGUGGGUUUUAAGUUUAUCUGGUGAGUAUUCUUUUCAUAAAAAAAGAUGUAUUGCCUACGACCAUUUCCAAAGGAGACGGACUCUAAACUCUGACUGCAAACCCAACAAGUUGAGACACUUAAACCCAGACAAAGGACUUUGGUUGUCAAGUCCCCAAAGUACUAUAGAAAGUUCCUCAUUUGCUGGGUAAGCUAACUUAUUACCCUCAUUUGUUCUGCAGUUUGCUGUUAACCAGGAUUCCCCCAUUCAAAAUGCCACAGACUUAGCCUCCAGGCAAAUCCAAAAGCCUCAUAGUUAUUCUGGGUGGUUUUGACAAGCUACCACACAUCUUAAGUAAAUAGUAAAGCCUUUAUUUUUGUGUUAAGAACAGCAUUUUGAAAAUAAAACCUAUCUGCCCAUGCUUUACAACCUUUAAAUUUGUAAUAUUUAUAUACAGUCAUUUAUGGUACACAUUGAUUGUCUUGAAAUUUCUUUAACGAUUUUUUUUUAAUAAGUAUGCAACAGUCAGCCAGGGGAGGAUAAAGGUACAUUAUAAAACACACAUUAAUACAUUUAAUAAAUAUAUAUUAUCUAUCAAAAACGAGCUUUAGCUCUUUAUCAAUUAAUAAAAAGCACCUGCUGAGAA